AUGAAUCGAACGGUGAGCAUAAGCUUAGAUGACGAAGACUUCUUCGACUCAUGCGACAGAUUGUCGUCCGUGGUGGCCUUGGACCUGGCCUCCCUAGAGGACGACGAUGACGAAUUCUACGAUUCCAGCCGCAUGUCCUUCGCCCGCGGCACCUCCAUCAAGCGCAUCUACUCCAUCGCCCCGGUCAGGCCCGACCCCUCCUCCGCCAUCCCCCCUGCCUACGACAUGUGGAUCGCCGAGCCCGGCGACCUCAAGGAGCGCCGCCAGCGCCUCCUCCAAGGCAUGGGCCUCGUCAGCAACAAGGACCUCCUCCGCCUCGCCACCUCCAAUGUGGUCCGCACCGUCUCCAUCCAGACCACCAACGCCCCACUCUCCCCCUCCCCCGCCCCCGAACCGGCCAGCAGCAACGACCAGCCACCACAAAACGAGGUAACAAAAACGGUGGCUGUGCAGCUGCCGGUGCGGGCGAUCGUGCUUGUCCGGUCCCGGUCUGACGCGGACAUAGACAUGUUCUCCACCAAGACGAAGCAGAGGAAGCUGGACUUGCUAGGGCCGGUGUCGAAGAACAAGCUAAUCCGGACGAUGUCGGGGCAGCUGGUGCCGAGCACCUCCAGCGCCAUUCAAGUGGUCAAGGAUACAGCAACAGAGCAUCACCAUCACCAUCAGAGGAGCGGAUCGGACAGCCUGAACCUGGUGGAGGACGCUGCUCUCGGAUCCUUCGUCCUCAUCAAGAAUCUCGACACGGGCAACGAUUUCAUCGUGAAGGAGUACAACGACGAGGGAUGGAACAAGCUCAACGACCUCCACACCGGGAAGCAGCUGACCAUGGACGAGUUCGAGAUGUCGGUGGGCACCUCCCCUGUCGUGAAGGAGCUCAUGCGCCGCGCCUCCAAGAAGCAGCAGCAGCAGCAGAAGAAGGACUCUCACUUCACCAAGAGCUUCCGGAGCAGCACCAGGAAGGGCUCCGCCAUUUUGAGGAAUCUCAAGGGCGCUGCCAGCGGGUUUCUCGUGGUCGAGAAGAUGGAGAAGGUGGUGGCAGAGAAAGCGGAAAAGGAAGAGAAAGAGUCUGUUCCAGUUGACCAGAAAGUUGAGAAGCAGGCGCCUCAAUGGGUGGAUGCUCAUCAGCACGGCAAAACAUUGAAAGAAUUAACUGCAUUGCAUUUCUCUCAAGAGAUUCAAGCUCAUGAGGGCUCCAUUUGGACAAUGCGGUUCAGCUCCGACGCCCGUUUCCUCGCCAGUGCCGGUGAAGAUACCAACGUUCAUGUGUGGGAAGUCCGUGAAUGUGAGAUCGCGCAGCCAAAGCCUCCGCCUGAAGCUGAGUCAACUUCCCAACAUGCUCCUGCUGAUGAACAUCAGCCUAGUAUCGAUGGCGAUGGUGAUGGCGAUGGUGAUGGCGAUGGCGAUGGUGAUGGUGAUGGUGAUGGGUCCAAUCAUAGACUUGUGCUUGCAGAGAUGGCCGCUCCAAAAAAGGGCAAGAAAACUGGAAAGGGAGUAGCUCCCCCUGCAAUCCCCGACCACGUGAAGUUGCCGGAGACGGUGGUUGCACUUUCCACAAAGCCAAAGUACACUCUCAAAGGUCACAAGGAUGAAGUAUUGGACUUGGCAUGGUCUCAUUCUCAGCAACUGAUUUCGUCUUCCAUGGACAAGACCGUGAGGAUGUGGGAGUUGGAAACGCAGAGCUGCCUAAAGAUCUUCGCCCACAGCGACUAUGUGACUUGCAUACAGUUCAAUCCAGUAGUUGAUAAUCACUUCAUAAGUGGGUCGCUCGACGGGAAGCUUCGCAUCUGGAGUGUCCCGGACCGCCAUGUUGUGGACUGGACCGAUGUUCACGAAAUGGUCACUGCUGCUGUCUACACCCCUGAUGGCCUGGGGGCUAUAGUCGGAUCACAACAGGGGAACUGUAAAAUAUAUAGUGCUAAAGAUUCGACAUUGGAGCAUCAGAUGGAUAUCACGAGGAAGAAGAAGUCGCAAACGAAGAAGUUCACUGCAUUCCAGUCUCCAUCUAAGAAACUCCCCGGAUUCCAGACUCCAGCUCCAGCUGGAAAAAUCACUGGCUUUCAGUUCACUCCAUGGAGUCCGUCCGAAGUGCUAAUCACUUCAGCCGACUCUCGUAUAGGAAUCUACAACGGCCCGGACCUCACCCAAAAAAUCCGAGGAUUCCGGAAUACAAGUAGCCAGAUGUCGGCGUCCUUCUGCCCGGACGGAAAACACAUAAUCAGCGCCAGCGAAGAUUCUCAGGUGUAUAUAUGGAAAGUGGAAGAAGUCAAGAGCCAGGGAGCCGCCAAGAAGAAGAUUGUAGGUGAGGUGAAUGCUCACGAGAACUUCGCAUGUAAGGACGUGUCUGUGGCGAUCACAUGGCCGGGAAGUACUAAGUACGAGGCACCUGCUGUAGACCUACACCCCAAAAAGACCACCACCACUGCGAAACGGCCUCCUUUAGCAGCACCACCAACGCAUGAGGAAGAUGCUUCGGAUCGUGGUUCAACGUUACCGCCUCUUCCAAAGAAAAAGAAGGACUCGGAGGAGAAGAAGGAAGAUCAGGCCGAGCCUGCUCAGGAAGAAACAAGUGAGGCGGCGGCAGAGGCUGCUGAGAGCACCACCGCCACCACUAUUCAAGCCACGACGUGGGGGCUCGUCAUAGUUACAGCCACCUUAGAAGGCGAGAUCAAAGUGUAUCAGAAUUUCGGGCUACCCGUCAAGGCCACUCGUCAGACGCUCUUCUGAGAAUAAUUAUUUGUAUAUUCGACUAAGAUAAUUAGAUUUGUUACUGCCAAAGCUAAAGCAAAAGCUAAAUUGGAAGGAU